AUUGACGAGCGGUGCGACUCCACAAGAGGUGAAAACAUGUGACCUGUUAUGAGCGUCUUAAACCCGUCUGAUCGGGACUCAUGAUCAAUGUUCUCCUCAGGUUUGGUUCCCUGUAGGUUUAACUAUGAGAGUCGUGUCUCUCGGAGUGUUGGCUCUGACAGCUGCGUGGUGUCCUUCUGUCUACACGCUUUAAACAGAUAGAGCAGGUUUACUGUCGAGGUUAAUGUGGCUCAUAAAGAGGCGGAUGAUUUCUUUUCAUUACUACACAUUCUGCCAAAUCCCCUCUGCAGGUUUGAAAGAUUUACAGAUUUUAUAGUUUCCUCACAGAUUCACCGAGUGCCUUGUUUUUAACUGGCAGGUCCAAGCUGACCCAGAUCGUGGUGGACGUGUCCGCCGGCCCCUUCAAGGACCGGACGGUGAUGUUCCUGGGCUCGGACGAAGGCCGGGUCCUGAAGGUUUUGGCCACCACGCAUCCCAACGACAGCUUCGGAUCCAAACUGCUGGAGGACAUCGACGUCUACAACCCGUCCAAGUGUAACGUUCAGGGUCAGGAGGACAGGAGGGUCCUGGGUUUGGAGCUGGAUAAGGACUAUCACGCCUUGUUCGUGGCCUUCACCAGCUGCGUCAUCAGGGUGCCGCUGAGCCGCUGCACGCGACACGGAGCCUGUAGAAGGUAAGAAACCACAUCCUCCUCCUCCUGGUUCUCCUCUUCAAUCACUUAAACUCUCUGUUGAUCAGAAGAACAGCUGGAGUUUUCUGAAAUGUAGCGGACCAGAAUUCAGCAGAAAGACUUCCUGAUUCCUGAAAACAUACAAAAAAAAGAAGAAAAAAAUUCCAAAUGGUUAUGAUCACUGUCACGACCUGGCUCUGACCGCCAUGACCUAUUCAGGGAGACGCAGACAGGUUACCAAAAGAAAAGAGUUUUAUUCGACAUAACAAGUCGUCCAAUGACAAAUGGUGUUUGGGACGAGCCGUCCUCGCUCCUCCACGGGGUGAUAGGAGAGCCCCCUGUUGCAAGGAAGGCGGGGCUUUAUCCUGGAGCACUGGCCCAGGUGUCUCCAGUUUGCAAUCCUGUCAUUAAAGGGACACACACACACAACCAGGAACGUGGUAGGGAACCGUCACAAUCACGAAUAAACGAAGCUUGAUUUAGCAACAUAAUC